AGCAGCCAGGAGAGGCCAGAAGACAGGCUCAGCGGUGCAAGGACGACCAGCAGGGGUAGAGGGAGAAGUAGUACGAACGCAGCGAGCAGCGAGCGGCAAGCUCAAGCGGGUGGGGCAGAGACGAGAGUUUCCGUGAGACCAGAGUUUCAGCAAAGUACCAAGAAUAAAUUCCGCUGCCCAGCAUGGCCAGGGAAAGCUUCCUCUCUUCUUUUCUAGUGCGGCUCUGCAGCAUCCUCCCGUGGCUUUUUGUCCUACAGACUGAAGCUGGGCCACAGCAAGAAGACAGCUUGUACAUGUGGAUUGAUGCUCACCAAGCAAGAGUCCUCAUAGGUUUUGAAGAGGAUAUUCUGAUUGUUUCAGAGGGGAAAAUGGCCCCAUUCACUCAUGAUUUCAGAAAAGCUCAACAGAGAAUGCCAGCUAUUCCUGUUAAUAUUCAUUCCAUGAAUUUUACCUGGCAAGCCACAGGGAAAGCUGAAUAUUUCUAUGAAUUCUUAUCUUUACGGUCUCUGGAUAAAGGCAUCAUGGAUGACCCCACUGUCAACAUCCCAUUGCUUGGGACAGUUCCCCACAAAGCAUCAGUUGUUCAAGUAGGAUUUCCAUGUCUUGGAAAACAAGAUGGAGUGGCAGCAUUUGAAGUGAAUGUGAUCAUAAUGAACUCUGAAGGUGAUAUCAUCCUCCAAACUCCUCAGAAUGCCAUCUUCUUUAAAACAUGCCAACAAGCCGAAUGCCCAGGAGGGUGCAGAAAUGGAGGUAUCUGUAAUGAAAGACGUGUCUGCAAAUGCACCGAUGGAUUCUACGGGCCUCACUGUGAGAAAGCACUCUGCAUACCACGAUGCAUGAAUGGUGGGCUCUGUGUUACUCCUGGCUUGUGCAUCUGCCCACCUGGAUUCUACGGUGUAAACUGUGAAAAAGCCAAUUGCUCAACAACCUGCUUCAAUGGAGGAACUUGCUUUUACUUAGGAAAGUGUAUUUGCCCACCAGGACUGGAGGGAGACCACUGUGAGAUAAGCAAAUGUCAGCAAGCCUGUAGAAAUGGUGGUAAAUGUAUUGGUAAAAAUAAAUGCAAAUGUUCCAAAGGCUACCAAGGAGAUCUCUGUUCCAAGCCUGUCUGUGAGCCCGGUUGUGGAGCACACGGGACCUGCCAGGAGCCCAAUAAAUGCCAGUGUAGGGAAGGCUGGCACGGACGGCAUUGCAACAAAAGGUAUGGAGCCAGCCUCAUGCAUGCCCUAAAGCCACCGGUUACCAAGCACAGACAGCACACGCCUUUACUUAAAAAGGCCGAAGAGAGGCAUGUUCCACCUGAAUCCAAUUACAUCUGGUGAACCCCCAGCAUCUGAAACGUUUUAAGUUACACCAUGUUCAUAGCCUUUGUUAACCUUUCAUGUGUUGAAUGUUAGAAUGCUGUUCAUUACAGGGAAGAAUACUGGCCUGAAUUUUAUUAGCUUCAUUAUAAAUCACCGAGCUGAUUUUCCUUUUAAGUCUUCUACGAGCUUCUUUAGCAUGGUGGCGUAGAUCUCAUUUUGAUUCUUUUUAACGACAUUUCUGUUAGAAAGUCCAUUGAUCAAGUUAAGCUUAGCUGCAGAUGAUUUUCCAAAACUGAAAAUGCAAUGGUAAGGUAGGUGAUUGUAGCACAUUAUAGAGGCGGUACCCUUGACUUAAAAAAAAAACAAACCACAAAUCACAGAGAAGGGAUUGG